AUAUGAGGAAAUAGACUAUAAAUACAUAUUGCAAACGUGAAUCUACUUCUUUGACUACAAUCUAAAUAAUUUUUAAGUAACACAGAUAUAAUUUAUUAGCAAUUACAUAGUAGUGUUCAACACCGCUGCUCACUGUUCAACUAAAGGAGAAAGCCCAAAAACUGCGUUCAAAAUAGGAGCAUGAAGUGACCCAAUUUAUUUUAAAAUAAAAUCUUGACUAUGGGUGGAAAUAUAAAGUAACACAGCUAUUUUUAUUGUCCUUUAGUUUGCAGAAUAAGAAUCUGCUUUCAGUUUUUUUGUAAGUUAAACCUUCACCAAAUAAAAAAAUAAAAUAAAAAAUUGACCUAGUUCCCAAAAGUCGGUGUUCAGUUAUAAGAAUCUACCAUACAUCAAAUAAUCAUCCACUGUGGGCAUUCUGAUUCUUUGCCCAUUUUCUUUUUUUUUUGUUUAUCUGUAAAAAUCUACAACAUCAUGGCUAUGCUUCAUUUUUUUUUGCUUGUCCAAGACACACCCACAAUUUUUACAACUGAAGAAGCUUUAUAAUUGUUCUAUUUAUACUUCUAUGAAUAUUGAAUAGUAAUAAUGAAGAUUUAGAUCUUGAUCUACAUUUAGCUUAGGAUGAAACAGACUUUGGCAUUAUUAGCAUUUAGAAUUAGAUUUAGAUAGAUCUAGUAUUGUGACUGUCCUUAUGCUUAGGCUAAGUCUGGAAUGUAGAUAAAGGUUGACUGGAUCUAUGCUUUUAUCUUUACACCUGGGUAGAUCCCUAUAGAUCUAAGCCUAAGAUAAAUGAAAACAACAGAAAUGGUAGAUCUAAAUCCAAUAUUCAUCCACCAGGGCCUUUUCUUGGGAUAUUUUGUAGCAAUUUUUAUUUAGUAUUGUUUAUGGGUAAAAAUCAUCACUUUGAAUAUAGGCCUACUUAUACUGGUUCAAGUUGCAAUCUCUCUUUAACAUUGUUAAUGGACCAAUUGAAGCAUUGUUGAAAUCCAUGCUGCUAGUAAAAGGUACAAGUAAAGUACCAAAUUCAAAAAUAUUUGUUAAUACUGUUAUCUGAAGAAGAAGAAGACAUCAAAGUAUCACUGAUGGCUGAUAUAGAACAUGAGUCCAGUCUUGACCUGGGCAAUGUAAUAAAACAUGAGAAGAAAGAAAGUCUGAAUAAAAUAUGUUUGAUAACACAGUCAUGAAAUUGUCACAUGUAAAAAUUGAAAAGACUGAAGGAGAUGAAGUAACUUCUUCUAUGCAGCCAUUUGAAAACUACAGCCAUGAUCAAACUUGUAAUGUGACCCCAGGGUAUCAGGCAGAUGAUGUUCUAAAGCAGGAGAUAAAAAUGUCUUGUACUACUGAAAGUGAUGAACCAUUGUCCUUAGCAUCAAGACUACUGGCUAUGUCAAAAAAGGCAGACAGAAACUUUUAUCCGGUGCCUAUUAUUUUGCCGAACUUAAAACUAACUGAACACAUAUCUGUCGCAGAACUGUCAUCAAUGAGUGAGAUAAAAAUCACAAAGCAAGACAAAGAAAUGACUUCAACAAAUGUAUUUGUAAAGGACAUGAAUGAUCAUAUGGAACAAAGCCUAUCCAAUGAAACUGUUUCAGAUAAGACCGAGAAUUCUACGUGCACUGAUAAUCAUCAAAUAAAUAAACUUUUUACUUGUCAAAUUUCUCAAAAAAGGUUUUCUAGCUCUAAAAUAUUACAAAAUCAUGAGUUGAUUCAUGCUGGUGAAAAAACAUUUAAAUGUCAAAUAUGUCAGAAAGAAUAUUUUCAUUCUUCCAAUUUGAAACGACACCAAGAGACUCAUACUGGUGAAAAACCAUUUAAAUGUCAAAUAUGUCAGAAAGAAUAUUUUCAUUCUUCUAAUUUGAAACAACACCAACAGACUCAUACUGGUGAAAAACCAUUUAAAUGUCAAAUAUGUCAGAAAGAAUAUUUUCAUUCUUCCAAAUUGAAAAGACACCAACAGACUCAUACUGGUGAAAAACCAUUUAAAUGUCAGAUAGGUCAGAAAGGAUUUACUCAGUCUUUUAAUUUUAAAUUCCACCAACGGAUUCAUACUGGUGAAAAAACAUUUAAAUGUCAAAUAUGUGAGAAAGAAUAUUUUUAUUUUUCUUGUUUGAAACACCACCAACAGACUCAUACUGGUGAAAAAACAUUUAAAUGUCGAAUAUGUCAGAAAGGAUUUUCUCAGUCUCAAAGUUUAAAACUACACCAAUUGACUCAUACUGGUGAAAAACCAUUUAAAUGUCCAAUAUGUCAAAAAGGAUUUUUUCAUUCUAGUAGUUUGAAGAUACACCAACUGACUCAUAAUGGUGAAAAACCAUUUAAAUGUCCAAUAUGUCAGAAAGGAUUUUAUCAGUCUCAAAGUUUGAAACUCCACCAACUGACUCAUACUGGUGAAAAGCCAUUUAAAUGUCUAAUAUGUCAGAAAGGAUUUUUUCAUUCUAGUAGUUUGAAGAAACACCAACUGACUCAUAAUGGUGAAAAACCAUUUAAAUGUCCAAUAUGUCAGAAAGGAUUUUCUCAGUCUUAUAGUUUGAAACUCCAUCAACUGACUCAUACUGGUGAAAAGCCAUUUAAAUGUCCAAUAUGUCAGAAAGGAUUUUGUAAUUCUAGUAAUUUGAAACAACACCAACUGACUCAUACUGGUGAAAAAACAUUUAAAUGUCAAAUAUGUCAGAAAGGAUUUUCUCAGUCUGGUCUUUUGAAGCUACACCAACUGACUCAUACUGGUGAACAGCCAUUUAAAUGUCCAAUAUGUCAGAAAGGAUUUUAUCAGUCUAGUAAUUUGAAAAAACACCAACUGACUCAUACUGCUGAAAAACCAUUUAAAUGUUUAAUAUGUCAGAAAGGAUUUUCUCAGUCUUAUAGUUUGAAACUCCACCAACUGACUCAUACUGGUGAAAAGCCAUUUAAAUGUCCAAUAUGUCAGAAAGGAUUUUAUAAGCCUAGUCAUUUGAAAAGACACCAACUGAUUCAUACUGGUGAAAAACCAUUUAAAUGUCCAAUAUGUCAGAAAGGAUUUUCUCAGUCUCAUCAUUUGAUACAACAUCAAGUUGUUCAUUCUGGUGAAAAACCAUUUAAAUGUGACACAUGUGGAAAAGGAUUAUCUAAUUCUUCAUCUUUAAAAAAACACCAACAGAUUCAUUCUGGUGAAAAUCAAUUUAAAUGUGACACAUGUGGAAAAGAAUUAUGUAGUUCUUCAUCUUUAAAUAAACACCAACUGAUUCAUGCUGGUGAAAAGCCAUUUAAAUGUCCAAUAUGUCAGAAAGGAUUUUCUCAGUCUCAUCAUUUGAUACAACAUCAAGUUGUUCAUUCUGGUGAAAAACCAUUUAAAUGUGACACAUGUGGAAAAGGAUUAUCUAAUUCUUCAUCUUUAAAAAAACACCUACAGAUUCAUUCUGGUGAAAAUCAAUUUAAAUGUGACACAUGUGGAAAAGAAUUAUCUAGUUCUUCAUCUUUAAAUAAACACCAACUGAUUCAUUCUGGUGAAAAACUAUUUAAAUGUCAAAUAUGUCAGAAAGGAUUUACUAACUCUACUCAUUUCAAACAACACCAACUGAUUCAUACAUUUAAAUGUUUAAUGUGUCAGAAAGGAUUUGCACUUUUAUAUAAUUUGAAAGUCCACCUACAGAGUCAUACUGGUGAAAAACCAUUUAAAUGUGACACAUGUGGAAAAGUAUUCUCUCUUGCUUCAUAUUUGAAAAAACACUGCUUGGUUCAUAAAAAGGAUUUUGGGCUUUGAGAAAUCUACCUCCACCACUAGGUAUUAAAUCACAAAAGCGGGUGAUUGGACUAUUGUCCUAUUAUUCUCAAUGGAUCCCAAAUUUUUCCAGCAAGAUCCCUUUAUUAGUAAACAAAAUCUUUGCUCCCCCUGAACAAGUUAAAGAAGCUUUUUAGGCUUUGUCUUUAAGCACUGAUUUAAUCUAAUUUAUAAAUAUGUUUAUUUAGAAUGUUUUUUUUUGAUAUAUUGGAUAUGUUAUUAAAGUUCCUCCUCCUCUUUUUAUACUUGUAGAGAAAUGAAAUAAUAUAUUAUAAAACGGAGUUGUAUUUAGUCAAAUAGUUUCUUCUUGAUGUAACGGAUAUCAAUAUUACCCUGUUCAUAUUGCGUUAUGUAAUGAUCAAAGGCCAAAGUGUGGUGGAAGUAGGAAAAAUCUUAUGAGAGAUGAGAAUGAUUAGAUUACUUUUGAUCAUGCCUCUGAUAACUUUUCUUUUGAUGGCCAUCUCUCAAGAUAUCUUUACUUGUAAAUUGUUCUUUCUUGAUUAUGAGUGUCAUUUCAAACCCAGAUGUAAUGUUUUAUUUUUUCUAAUAAACGCUGACUUCAAGAAAUAUGCAACAAUGGCCAAGAACUUACAAAGAAUGUUGUACAGCAAUACGAAUCUAUGGAUCAUCUUCUGUACCUUCUAUCAAUAGUCAAUCUUAUUGAUUUUAAUUAACCUGCAAAAAAAAAACAUUUUUUUUAAUAACCUCUAUAUCUAUAGACGUUACAUUUGUAUAUAUUUUAAAUGACAUUUUAUUAUAUUUUUAUUUAAUAAGUCAUUCUUGUUGUCAUAUAAAUGAAAAUAAAUAUAUGAAAUAUUGUUAA